AUACAUUAAUCAGUAUUAAUAUUGGAGCAAAACUAUAAGAAAGAGAAAGAGAGAGAGAGAGAGAGUGACUGAAACUCCAAGAAACAUCAAAAACUUUACCUAGUCUUUGCGCGUUAUCGUCUCAACCCACCACCGGAAAACCUAUUCUAUUCUCAGAGAAAACUUUUAAAUAUUGUAUUUCAUAAGGAGCUGCAAAGAUGAGUGACAAUUUGAUGGAUAAGGUGAAUGCACUCGGUGAACGCCUCAAGAUUGGAGGUGCAGAGGUGGGCCGUAAGAUGAGUGCAGGCAUGAGCUCAAUGAGCUUCAAGAUGAAGGAGCUCUUCCAGGGUCCUAACCAGGCAGAUAAGGUGGUCGAGGAUGCCACAUCAGAGGCCCUAGAGGAGCCUGACUGGGCUUUGAAUCUUGAUAUUUGCGACAUGAUCAACACUGAAAAGAUCAAUAGUGUUGAUCUAAUCCGCGGAAUAAAAAGGCGGAUUAUGUUGAAGAAUCCUAGGAUUCAGUAUUUGUCCUUAGUGCUGCUUGAAACCAUUGUUAAGAACUGUGAGAAGGCUUUCUCAGAGGUGGCAGCUGAAAGAGUCCUCGAUGAGAUGGUGAAGCUGAUCGAUGAUCCUCAGACUGUUGUUAACAACCGCAACAAGGCAUUGGUGCUGAUUGAAGCAUGGGGGGAGUCAACCAGCGAGCUUCGCUAUUUGCCUGUAUAUGAAGAAACUUACAAGAGUUUAAGAUCAAGGGGUAUUCGGUUCCCUGGUCGUGACGACGAGAGCUUGGCACCUAUUUUUACUCCUCCUCGUUCAGCUUCAGCUCCAGAACUUGAUGCUAGUCUUCCGCAGCAGGUUCAGCAUGAUAUCCCUGUGCAUAGCUAUACAGCUGAACAAACGAAGGAGGCUUUUGAUGUUGCAAGAAACAGCAUUGAGCUUCUUUCAACGGUUUUGUCUUCUUCACCCCAGCAAGAUGCUUUGGAGGAUGACUUAUCCACCACACUUGUACAGCAGUGCCGCCAGUCUCAAUAUACCGUGCAGAGAAUUAUUGAAACAGCUGGAGAUAAUGAGGCCCUGCUAUUUGAAGCCUUGAAUGUGAAUGAUGAGAUCCAGAAGGUGCUGUCCAAGUAUGAAGAACUGAAGAAGCCUUCAGUGGCUGCAGCAGAGCCAGAGCCUGCAAUGAUACCAGUGGCGGUGGAGCCAGAUGAGUCGCCCCGGCAUGCAAAGGAAGAUGCACUGGUUAGAAAACCUGCUGGUUCUCGGGGCGGGGCACAGGGAGGGAUCAAUGAUGAUAUGAUGGAUGAUCUUGAUGAAAUGAUAUUUGGCAAGAAAGGUGGUAGUGGAGGUUCGUCUGAAGCAGCAGGCCAACAACCUAAGAAGCAGCAAUCGUCGAAGGAUGAUCUCAUCUCUUUCUAGUGCUGCUUUGCUCUCCACAUUCAUAAUUCCCAUAUAUAUUUGGAUGAAUCAGUUAGCAGACUGUUUAGGUGUUACUGUUACAGACAAUUGGAGAGGUUGAUGUUUUCAAAAUCUUUAACCUUCAUAAACAGCAUUGCCUUUGUUUUUUUACUUAUUUCUUUUUCUUUCUCUCUCUCUCUUUUUUUUUUUUUUUUUUUUUUCUUUGGGGUACAUUUUACCAUUGUUGCUGCACGUGUUGUGUAAGUGAUUCAUGUGGAAGUUAGCUACAUAGCUAGCUCAUGAGGUAUAUAUAGAAAGAUUUGACGUUUGGUUUUA